AAACAUGACUUGAUCGACAGAUAAUCCUGAGCGGGUGUCAUUAUGUUUCGGAGCGCUCCUGCUGCUGUGACCCGGAUGUAGCGGCGCUCUACCUCCACUCGUCUGAUCCUCUUAUCAGCGAUAAGGCGGCCGAGAUGGAUGUUGUCAACCAGUUGGUCGCCACUGGGCAGUUCACAGUCUUCAAACAGCCAUUAGGAUUCAUUAAAGUCUUACAAUGGUUCUUUGCCAUCUUUGCAUUCUCCACCUGUGGCGGUUACUCUGGAGUGUUUCGUCUGAGCGUUGAGUGUAAGAACCGCACAGACAGUGACCUCAACAUUGAGGUUGAGUUUGGCUACCCGUUCAGACUGCACCAGAUAUGGUUUGAUGCUCCUACAUGUAAAGGGCCGGAACCUGAACGUCUCUUUCUGGUGGGAGACAACUCUUCCUCUGCUGAGUUCUUUGUCACAAUUGGUGUCUUUUCCUUCCUUUAUACAAUGGCAGCCAUUUCCGUGUACAUCUUCCUCAUGGAGAAGUACCGCGAGGGAAACAAAGGCGCUCAGGCUGAUUUUGUGGUGACAGCUAUUUUUACCUUUAUGUGGUUGGUGAGUUCAGCGGCGUGGGCCAAAGGUCUCUCAGAUGUUAAGAGGUCAACGGACCCCGAUGAGGUCAUCAAUCUCAUCGAAGCAUGUGAUCGUGAGGAAAACCGUUGCAAAGAAAUCCAUGAGCCUGUGGUUUCUGGCCUAAACACAUCUGUGGCGUUUGGGUUCUGUAAUGUGGUGCUAUGGGCAGGGAACCUGUGGUUCGUCUUCAAGGAAACCGGUUGGCUUGGAGCCUUUGCUGGCACUUACAUGCCCUCUGGGGAGAAGCAGCCAGCACCAGACUCCUUCGGCCAGGGCUAUGGACAAGAAGGUUAUGAACAGGACCCAUACGCCAGCUCUCAGGGCGGGUACCAGCCUGAAUAUGGCCAACAGGGUGGUGGAUACGAAGGCGGUGGUUACAACCAAGGAGUGUAUGGUCAGGGUGAGCCCACCUCCUUCUCCAAUGAGAUGUGAGUCCGGCUCCGCUGGCUGAAGCUCUGCACUGAUCACAGCAAGAGGAUGGUCAUGUGAUCAGCCAGCAUGGAAACUACUAGCUAUGUUUCCACUGUCUUCAGUUGGUUUAAAGAGAAGGGGGUGGGUGGGAUUGAAGCACAUUUAAGAAAUCUUAUCAGGGUUGAUAUUAACAUCAUAACCAAGAGGAGACCCAGGAGGGUCAACAUACUGUCUAUUACAUGGAAUCUAGCAGGAGAUUAUUCAUCCUAUUAUGAUGAGGAAAAACUUGAAUAUGCUACCAAAAAAAUGAAUGAAACCUAUGAUGUAUAUGUUAUGUACGGGGAGCCAUUUGAAUGAAUUAUAUAAAUUAUAGUAUUAUACUGAAUGUGUUUGUCUGUGGUGUAAAUAUGAAUUAUAUAUAAUUAGAUAUACUGUAUUGUGAAUUUAACUUAUUGUUGCUUUUUUUGUGAUUCCACUUGUAGCCCCCACAUUUGUUUUUAUUUUACCUAUCUUACCACUUCACCACCUCAAUCAUUCAACCCACGGUAAGAGAUCGGACCUUAAACAUCCUACUGAAUGUUUUUUUUUUCCUUUUUUUCUUUUUUAUUUGUGAAACAUUCUUUGAAGGUUCAUGAGAACACAAAGGUUAAAUAGUAUAAAAGUUCUGUGUCAAUCACUACUAGAAGUGUUAACAAAAGUCAGUAGUCUUAGAUAAAACUGGUAGGGAGAGAAACUGAGUAACAGAAAAGCUAAGAACAAAGUGAAACAGGAAGAACAAAUUAUGCACAUGCACAAGAUUUAUUUCCUUUUAUGUUUUGGUUAUAUGUCCAAACCUUUAUAAGCUAAAGCACAAAUAUAUUAUUGGUGCUAUAAAACGGUUUGUAGGACAUUAUUGUGAACACUUACAAAAGGCAGUCAUUGGUGCUUCAGUACUUGAUGUUUUAUUUUUCUAGUCCUUUGAAACGCCACUGAUGUUCUUAUUCAGACAUGAGUGUGAAUGAACCCUUUAUAUUUUUCUGAAAUUUCUAUGUGUUUUGGCUUUUUGUUCACACUGAUAUGGGUGUUUUUAUGCUGUCUCUGUCUAUAUGCCUUUACUUGAAGGUCCAUAUUGCUUUCUUUCUCUCCCUCGUUAUAACAUCUGAUAAUGCAAAAUAAAACAAUGUUAGAGAA